AUGGAAAUUGACGAAAGAGAUGAUGAAAAACCAGGAACAAGUGCUUCAGACGGAGAAAUGAGUGAAACUGAAAAGCCGAAGGGGCACAUCUACAAAGUAUUGGGACAUGACACUUUCGUAAAUUUGAAGAAGAUUCAUGUUGUGCCAACAUGGAUUAAACAAAGUGAAACAUUUGCAUCAGAAUUGAAUGAAGAAAGUUGUGCGGAGCUUGAUUUUGUCAAAGGUUUGCAUCCUUUGCUUGCACAUCGUGUGAGGGAGCACCUCAAGCAGUGGUAUCCUGUCCAGCGAGCAGUUCUUCCACAUCUGAUAGCUGCAACUAGUGUUUGUUCGAUUUUCCCUCCAAGAGAUUUGGUGAUCAGUUCUCCAACAGGUAGUGGUAAAACACUGUGUUAUGUAAUUCCAAUUUUAAAUGCUUUGCGGGGAUGCACGAUGAUGGAUUGUCUUUUUGCAUUAAUUGUGGCUCCAGUACAGAAUCUUGUUGAUCAAAUGGAAAAGGAGUUCAAAAAAUAUAAUGUUUUCAAUAUACGUAUCGCUUCACUUUGUGGAAGUCAUGAUCUUAAUACUGAAAGACAGCAACUCGAAAGCGCAAACAUAGCGAUUGCAACGCCAGGUCGUUUGAUGGAGCACAUAACAGAUCUGGAUUUCCUUGUCGACUUUACACAUUUAAGAUAUUUAGUAGUCGAUGAAGCAGAUCGUAUGUCACAUACAGCUCGCAUUGAAUGGCUUGAUGAUCUCGAAGCUGUUGCAAAUUAUAAUCAUAAUUGUAAUACAGUCGACGACCUUUAUAACGCAAGUUUUUUGCAAAAGAUACUGCUUUCUGCCACGCUCUCCUUGGAUGUUGAAGAUCUUCAUCAAUGGCGCCUUCGACAUCCUCGUCUAUUCAAAGCGGUGAAAGAAGAUAUUGUUGUAACGAAUGAGUCAAGUUUAAACAAUGUUAUCAUCCCAACUUCAUUAAAGAUCGAAUACAUCGUAUGUGACACAAAAUUUAAACCACUUGCAACACAUGACCGAAUCGAAGGACGACAAUCUUGGAAAAAGAUUCUAAUAUUCGUUAACAGCAAGAUGGCUAGUUAUCGACUUACAGUAUUGUUGAAAACGCUUAGCGCCGGAAAAUAUCAAGUCGAGGAACUCUCAUCAAAUCUUUUCGGUAAUCGACGGCAGAAAGUGCUGGCAAGGUUCAGGAAAGGAACCACAAGAGUGCUUAUUUCAAGUGAUGUCUUGUCUCGCGGGAUUGAUGUUGAGGGUAUUGACGUCGUAAUUAAUUAUGAUAAGCCACUUAAUGAAAGAUUAUUUGUUCAUCGAGUAGGGCGAACAGCGAGAUGUGGCAAAAAGGGAAGAGCCAUCUUCCUCAUUUCAGCUAAAGAAAAAAAAGAUUUCCAGACUACCCUCCAAAAUAUUUCUUUCACCGGAAAGGUUAAAGAAAGAAAUUUCGAAGGCGUGAAAGAUGGUGAAACAGAAGAACUGUACGGACAGGCAUUAACAAAGCUUAAAGAAGCUUUACAAAAAACGCAAAAGGAAAACAUCAGGAAGAAUGGAAGUUUCAGAAACAGGCAGAAAAAAGUUCUAAAUCAUGAAAAGUUAUGA